UCAUCAGUUACCAAGCGAGCAAACGCUGAGAGCAGGCGAGAGAAAAGCUGAUAUAGUGAAUUGCUCAACCAUCGAGAUUGCGCUGGAUAUAACAGAACGAUCGUUUCGACGUUUAUUUACAACUAAAGCGCCAAAACUAUCACUGAAAUUUGUUGGAGAUGCUGUUAUAAUGAUGACGCGAGGACCUCCUCCAUGUCAGGCUUCAUAAAUAAAGUUACCUUCACACCUGGACGUGCCUUGGUGGAACACAGCGAGGAAUACAGUCAGAGGAACAGUCAUUCAGGAGGAGAAUCCAACUUUAUCACCAUGCCAAUUUAAUUUGUUCCCCCUCCUCCCCAUCUUUAAGUUUUGCUUACAGAGCCCUGGAUGGAGAACUAACACUUUCAUUGUUUCCAUGGAAUGAGUAGCCUACCUCUCUCUAAGGAUAUCUCUCAUUGGCACUUACGUGGAUUGACUCCAGGAUGUUACUGCCGAAACGGCCCAAGUGCUGUUGGGCCAUUGCAAAUUAUAUUUCUCUCGCAUCCGAGCAUAGCUGGGGCUUCUGCCCGCUUUAGGAAUAACAUAUUGAUUAUUUCACAGAUCACGGUGCAACAAGUGACAGGUUGGUCGAGGACAUUGAUAUUGGCAAGACAAGCAUCAUUCCCUUGAUUACUAUGCAAUUACAACUGAUCUCCAUUGUUUUGAUCUUGCAUUGUAUGGAAUACACAAACUGUCAGCAUCACGCCUCCAGGCACCGGCAAAACAAACAGGGUUCAGGGGUGAGCUCCCAGGGAUGCCAGGGAGGCUGUCAGACCUGCUCGGUCUACAAUGGCUGCCUGACAUGCAAACCCAAGCUUUUCAUUCACCUGGAGAGGGACGGCAUGAGACAGAUCGGUGUAUGCCUGGCUUCCUGUCCCAAUGGUUUCUAUGGUACUCGUUCCCCUGACAGAAACGACUGCAUAAAGUGUGGGUCCGAGUGUGACUCGUGCUUUAACAGGAACUUCUGCCUGCGCUGCAGAGCAGGCUCAUACUUGCACAAGGGCAAGUGUCAGGAGAGCUGUCCAGAUGGGCUGCUACCCAGUGACACCAAGAAGGAGUGUGUUCCUGCAUGUCCAGCAGACUGUGACUCCUGUCAGAACAGUGACACGUGUACGAGGUGUGCAACCGGACGCUACGUCCUUCAUGGGCAAUGUUACCACGUCUGCCCAGAGGAGUUUGAGUCCAAUGACCAGAUUAUGGAGUGCAUUCCAACAGUGCACUGUGAAGUGAGUGAUUGGAGUGAGUGGGGCCCCUGCUCGCGCUCAGGGAAAACCUGUGGCUUCAAAUGGGGUGAAGAAACACGGACCCGGAAGGUCGUAAAAAAUCCCACUUCUAAGGGGAGCCCAUGCCCUCCAACUUCUGAAAACAGGGAAUGCUUUGUCAAAAAAAGAAGAUGUAGGCCAGGAAAAGGGCAGCGGCGGGGAGAGAAGAAAAAACGCUUCAACCUGCAGGACAAAGAGAAUGUCGAAGCUCGUCGAGAGAGGAAGCGAGAACGAGACAGGGAGGAGACAAGCAAUCAAGAGGACUCGGAAAGCAGGAACAAAACAGAGCACCGUCGUCGGAGGGACCAGUGCAGAGAUUCUGGAACUGUAUAGAGUCAUAGUGCUCCCCAUUGCUCCCCUGCCUUUUUUCCCCUUUCAGUCCAUGUCACCCCUUCACCCUCUUAACCCCUCACCGAGAGGGUGUUGCUGCUACCUGUAUAAUUGAAUCGUAUACUGUAUAUGCACAAGAGAGGGGGGCAAUUGUCAUCCACACCAUUGCAGACAGUGAGGACAACCCUCUAACUUCUCUUUGAGGAAACCCUUCACCCCUUCAGGCCUGGUCUGGUGCUGGAUUGAGGCUGAACUGUAUAAAGGGGGCAGGGCUUUCGAGAAAAUGCAGUCUAAUGAUCUGAUGAUGUUCUGCUUGUGGAAUGGUUUUUUUUUUUAAAAGGGGGUCCAGGUACUGUGCUGUAUCAUGGUUUGAAUGUAGGUUUUGGAGACAUUAUGUAGAGUUGUUGUAUAAACGUCUGUAUUUUUUCGGCUGAGUAAAUUAAAAAUAAGCAUGCUUACUGCCAUCGUGGACAUUGCCUGCAGCCAAAGGCUGAGACUGCAUGUUGAUUAGUGAAAAUGGACCAGGCUAAUGGACUGGCUGUCUUAAUACUGGAUGAGCAACAACACUAUCGCUGCAACAUUUUAUUAACUUUUGUUCAGUUUCAAAAAAGACCUGACCAGAAAUCAAAAACACCUUUAUGUCAAAUAAAC